ACCUCAUUCGUGGGCUAGUUGUCGAACAUUUGCGAAGCAUUCUCGAUCAGAAUUGGUCCCAUUUGUUCCGUGGUAGUGAAAAAUUUUAGUUACGACCAUAGUUUGGUAUCGCCUUACCCCGUUUUGCCGUUGUCCGUGGUUUGGUCGUGUAGAGCGGAACCGAGUGGAAACAAACCGCCACAAUUGUUUGUACCAGACUGUCUAGAACGCACCAGGAAGCGAUGUAUUUUCUCAACGAUACCGACGCGGCUAUUUUUCCACUUGCUCGAACCGGUGACAUCCCGAAGAUGCUGGGAUGGAAUCUUCCCCCGGAGCAGCAGCAUCUCGUUCACGAUCACUGGAAAGUGUAUCCGGCACCGCCCUUCCACAUGCAUCUUCUGCUGGGCAUGAUCUACUUUGUACUAAUGAAUGUGUCAUUAAUUGGAAACGGAAUCGUCGUGUGGAUUUUCUCGACGUCUAAAUCUCUCCGGAAUGGAUCCAACAUGUUUAUAGUGAACCUGGCAAUUUUUGACCUGCUCAUGAUGCUCGAGAUGCCGAUGUUUCUUGUCAAUGCCGUCAGUGAAAAAAUGGUCGGCUACGAUACGGCAUGUACCGUUUAUGCAGCGCUUGGUUCAAUGUCCGGAAUGGGAGGAGCAAUUACUAAUGCCGUUAUUGCAUUCGAUCGCUAUCGAACAAUUUCAAAUCCACUAGACAAUCGUCUCAGUCGAAAACAGGCGGGAAUUUUAGUGUUUCUGACCUGGUUCUGGGCAACUCCUUUCACAGUACUGCCGAUGUUCAAAAUCUGGGGUAACUUUAUCCCGGAAGGAUAUCUGACUACGUGCUCUUUUGAUUAUUUGACCGACGAUACCGAGACUCGGGCUUUCGUGAUGUCAAUCUUUAUGUGGGCAUAUGUGAUCCCGAUGUCCAUGAUUUGUUUCUUCUAUAUGCGCUUGUAUGGCCAUGUGCGAGAACACGAAGCUAUGCUGAAGAAUCAGGCGCGCAAGAUGAAUGUUGAAUCGUUGGCAGCAAAUCGUAACACUAAAGCUCAAUCUGUGGAAAUUCGCAUUGCCAAAGCGGCCUUCACCAUAUUUUUCCUUUUUGUUUGCUCGUGGACUCCGUACGCUAUUGUCGCAAUGACUGGUGCUUUUGGAGACAAGACAAUUUUAACACCUUUUUCCACAAUGAUACCGGCCAUGUGCAGCAAGAUUGUGUCUUGUUUAGAUCCAUGGGUGUACGCCAUCAGCCAUCCGAAAUACCGCGAGGAACUGGAACGUAGAGUUCCGUGGUUGGGUAUCCGCGAAGAACCAGACAAUGUCAGCACAACUGACAGUAAGCAAACCGUCGUGGCGGAUGCUGGCAAGGUCAACGGAGAGUAACCUGAUUUAAAAAGAACCAGUUCCAUACCAAAUACCAGCUAAUAACUAAUAAAACGAUGAAGACUCCUGGCUAUGUAACGAGGGUUUUGAUUAAAUGGAAAUGUAUAAUUUAUUCACCCUUAUCCUGUAUUUCGAUCGAAUCGGAUUUUGUCAAACGAAUGUAAAAAUUUGCAUUCUCUAAUUCGAUCGAGUGAUGCUUUUGUAUGGAAAACUCGAACUCGAUCGAGCUACAGAAUGCUAAAUUUCGUAUUCGAUCGAAACAAUCCGAUUCGAACGAAAUACAGAAUCGGGGUGAUUAUCUACACACAUAUAAUAUCCUAAAGCAGAGCAUAGCGUGAAAAUAAAGAACGCAACAAAAUA